UCAACAGAAGAAGUUAGCGGUUUAGAUUUACAGCAUGGCGAGUAGAUGCUAAUGGAUUGAAGGCGCGAGAUUCGAAGUGCACAAAAGAGCUCAGUUUCCUCCGUUUCGAGGAACAAAUAAUGGCUUGGACUUGGCCUAUACUUGUAGUACUUGUUGUAGUUGCUUAUGUUGUGCAAGCAAAGCCAUGGAAAGCCAAGGGCGAGAAGAAGAAACUACCUCCCGGUCCAAAAGGAUUUCCACUCUUCGGAAGCAUGCACUUACUAGGGAAAUUCCUACAUCAUGAUUUGCAUAAAUUAGCCAAAAAAUAUGGUCCAAUCAUGCAUAUGAGAUUAGGCCUUAUUCCUACCAUUAUUGUUUCCUCCCCUGAAGCAGCAGAGCUUUUCCUUAAGACCCAUGACCUUGUAUUUGCGAGCAGACCGCAUAUUGAAGCUGCAAAGUAUAUGUUCUGGGAGUAUAGGGACUUGGUCUUUGCUCCCUAUGGAUCUUAUUGGCGUUACAUGCGCAAGAUGUGCACUCUAGAGUUGCUUAAUAGUGUCAAAAUAAGUUCUUUCAAAGCAAUAAGGAAAGAAGAAAUUGGCCAAUUGAUUGACACCAUUCAGAAGGCUGCUCGUGAGCGUGUUUCUGUCGAUCUCAGUGCAAAGGUGACAACCUUGAAUGCAGAUAUGAGUUGUAGGAUGGUGUUCGGGAAGAAGUAUUUGGACAAGGAAUUUGACGAGAGGGGUUUCAAGGUUGUUAUCCAAGAGGCCAUGCACUUGGCUGCAAUUCCCAACUUGGGGGAUUUCAUUCCUUUCAUUGCUCCACUUGACCUACAGGGCUACACCAAGCGCAUGAAGGUUGUUGCAAAGGUGUUUGAUGACUUCUUUGAGAAGAUAAUUGAAGAUCAUAUUCUAUCUAAGGAUGAAGAUAGUAAAACCAAAGACUUUGUUGAUGUCAUGUUAAGCCUCAUGGAGUCUGCAGACUCGGAAUACCGUAUUGAACGGCCAAAUAUCAAAGCUGUAAUGUUGGACAUGCUUGUGGCCUCAAUGGAUACUUCAGCAUCUGCGAUAGAGUGGGCAAUAUCAGAACUUAUCAAACAGCCGAGAGUACUAAUGAAAGUCCAAAAAGAACUCGAAACUGUGGUGGGCAUGGAAAGAAUGGUGGAAGAAACAGACUUAGAAAUGUUAGAGUACUUGGACAUGGUAGUAAAGGAAACCUUGAGGCUGCAUCCAGUGGUACCAUUGUUCCAUCAUGCAGCCAUGGAAGAGUGCACAAUCAAUGGCUUUCACAUACCCAAAAAAUCAAGGGUCAUCGUAAACGCUUGGGCAAUCGGGAGAGACCCCAAUGCUUGGAAUGAUCCAGAGAAGUUCAUCCCAGAAAGGUUUUUGGGAAGUAGCAUAGACCUCAAGGGAAGAGACUUCCAACUCAUCCCAUUUGGCGCUGGAAGGAGACAUUGCCCUGGAUUGCAGCUAGGCCUGAUAGUGGUCAAGUUAGUGGUGGCACAACUUGUGCAUUGUUUUGAUUGGGAACUCCCAAAUGGUGUCAUUCCCACUGAGUUGGACAUGACAGAAGAGUUUGGUUUGACGACUCCUAGAGCGAACCAUCUUCUAGCCAUUCCUACAUAUCGUCUUCAUAAGUAG